CCAGCAGCGUCCCACAGGUACUCCUGUUUCCGCUCUCCCCACUGUGAUCUUACUGGCUCUGCCUCGAGCCCAACUCCGGUGCUGCUCCUGCGGCUCCCUCCACGGCCAGUUCACUUGCCCUUCUCUCGCCUCCGUGCUCUAGUCACCAGGCCCGGCCACACGGAGCUGUAAUCAUGCUCUCCUGCUGCUCAAGCAGCGUUUGUUGGAGCCCUGCUAAAACACGGCCACCGGAAGCUGAAGUUUUGAUUUUUAAUGAGACUUCAUGAUAGAUUUUUCUACCACUGAAGCACAAAGCAGAGGAAAACCAGAGACAAGAGUAGCUGAGAAAUACUCCACAGCAAGACAUAAUCAAAAUCAAAAUUCAAAAUCAAAAAAUCAUGAAUUUAGGAGUAAUUCUGCAGCAGCUCAAAACACAAGUGAUAACAAAUCUACAGCUAUGAUAAGCAUUAAUGUUACUUCAGGGGGCAUGUCAAUAGCUGACUCAAUAUCUAGCACAACAACUGGACUAGAUACAGCUGUCAUAGGUACCAAUAAUAAAUCUGAAUUAAUUACAUCUGGAUACAUAUCAACUAUGGAGGCAAGCACAUAUGUUGCAUCUGAACAAAAUACUGAUGGAGACAUCCCAACAACUGAGAUUAUCAGCAUUUCAUUAGAUGUAAGUACAAAUGGAGUCAUCUCAAAUGAAGUGACCAUUACCAACACUGCAAAUGAACAAAGUACAUCUGAUGUCAUAGAAACAUCUGAGAUAUAUGUCAGCACUGCAUUUGAACUCAGUACUGAUUUAUCAACAGAUGAGAUCAUUUCCAGCCCUGUAUAUGAACAAGAUACAUCUGAAGACAUAUCAACAUCUGAAGUAAAAAUCAGCACUGCAUUAGAACUCAGUACAGUUCCAGACAUAUCAACAGAUGAGCUAAUUACCAAUACUGCAUCUGAAGUUAUAUCUACAGCUAAGAUAAAUGUCAGCACAGCACCUGAACUCAGUUCAAUUGCAAGCAUAUCAACUGAUGAGGUGAUAACCAACACUACAUCUAUAAUCAAUACAUCUGGAGAAAUAAUAACAGGUCAUAUAAGCACAGACAGAGACAUAUCUACAGCUGAAAUAAGAACCAGCACUGCAUCUGAAACAAAAACAUUUGGAGACACAUCUACAGCUGAACUAGGAACCAGCACUGCAUCUGAACCAAGCACAUUUAAAGACAUAUCAACAAAAGAGAUAACAACGAAGAUAAUUACCAGCAAUCCAUCUGAACUAUAUUCAUCUGUAGUCAUGUCAACAGAAACAAUAAUUACCAGCAUUACACCUGAACUAAGUACAGAUAUAGACAAAUCGACAUCUGAAAUAAAAAGAACCACUGCAUCUGGAAAAAAAUCAACACUGGAGAAAACUACAGGCAGUGAUUCUGAUAUAAGUACCAUUGACGACAAAACAACAGCUGAGAAAAUGUCCACUAUUACACCAGAAGUUACAACUGAAGAAAUAUCAACAAAUAUUGUUACCAGUAUGGCAGCUCAACAAAGUACAUCUGGCAAAAUAUCAACAGCAGAGAAAACUACAAGCAGUGCUUCUGAUGUAAGUACAGUUGAUUAUAAAUCAACAUCUCAAAAACAUACAAGUAGUACACUUGCAAUAGGUACAACUGUGGGUAUAUCAGCACAGGAAAUAAUUACCAGUACUGCAGCUCAACCAACUACAUCUGCACAAAUUUCAACGUCUGAGAUAAUUACCAGUAGUACACCAAAACAAAGUACAGUUGGACACCUAUCAACAGAUGAGAUAAGGACCAAUACUAUCCCUGAGCAAAGUACUGCUGUAAAUUUAUCAACCAUGGAGAUAACUAAAAGCACUGCAUCUGUAGAAAGCACAACUGAAGACAAAGUAUCAGCUGAGAUAAAUACCAGCACUAUACAUUAUCAAAGUACAGUUGUAGACAAAUCAACAUCUGAGAAAAUAACCACCACUGCAUCUCAGCAAAGUACAGUAGGAAACAUAACAACAGUUGAUGCAUUUACCAGUCCUGUUUCUGUUCUAAGUACAGUUGUUGAUAAUUCAACAGCUGAGCAAAUAAACACUAUAACACCAGAAGAAGUUACAACUGAAGAAAUAUCAACAGAAAUUGUUACUAGUAUGGCAGCUCAACAAAGUACAUCUGGUAAAAUAUCAACAGCGGAGAAAACUACAAGCAGUGCUUCCGAUGUAGGUACAGUUGAUGAUAAAUUCACAUCUCAAAAACAUACAAGUAGUUCACCUGGGAUAGUUACAACUGUAGCUAUAUCAAAGGAGGAAACAAUUACCAGUACUGCUGCUCAACCAACUACAUCUGCACAAAUUUCAACUGCAGAGAUAAUUACCAGUAGUACACCAAAACAAAGUACAGUUGGACACAUAUCAACAGAUGAGAUAAGGACCACUACUAUCCCUGAGCAAAGUACUGCUGUAGAUUUAUCAACCAUGAAGAUAACUAAAAGCACUGCAUCUGUAGAAAGCACAACUGAAGACAAAGUAUCAGCUGAGAUAAGAACCAGCACUACACAUGAUCAAAGUACAGCUGUAGACAAAUCAACAUCUGAGAAAAUAACCACCACUGCAUCUCAUCAAAGUACAGUAGGAAACAUAACAACAGUUGCUGCAUUUACCAGUCCUGUUUCUGUUCUAAGUACAGUUGUUGAUAAUUCAACAGCUGAGCAAAUAAACACUAUAACACCAGAAGAAGUUACAACUGAAGAAAUAUCAACAGAAAUUGUUACUAGUAUGGCAGCUCAACAAAGUACAUCUGAUAAAAUAUCAACAGCGGAGAAAACUCCAAGCAGUUCUUCUGAUUUAAGUACAGUUGAUGAUAAAUCCACAUCUCAAAAACAUACAAGUAGUACACCUGCAAUAGGUACAACUGUGCGUAUAUCAACACAGGAUAUAAUUACCAGUACUGCAUCUCAACCAACUACAUCUGCACAAAUUUCAACAUCUGAGAUAAUUACCAGUAGUACACCAAAACAAAGUACAGUUGGACACAUAUCAACAGAUGAGAUAAGGACCACCACUAUCCCUGAGCAAAGUACUGCUGUAGAUUUAUCAACCAUGAAGAUAACUAAAAGCACUGCAUCUGUAGAAAGCACAACUGAAUACAAAGUAUCAGCUGAGAUAAGAACAAGCACUACAUAUGAUCAAAGUACAGUUGUAGACAAAUCAACAUCUGAGAAAAUAACCACCACUGCAUCUCAUCAAAGUACAGUAGGAAACAUAACAACAGUUGCUGCAUUUACCAGUCCUGCUUCUGUUCUAAGUACAGUUGUUGAUAAUUCAACAGCUGAGCAAAUAAACACUAUAACACCAGAAGAAGUUACAACUGAAGAAAUAUCAACAGAAAUUGUUACUAGUAUGGCAGCUCAACAAAGUACAUCUGAUAAAAUAUCAACAGCGGAGAAAACUCCAAGCAGUUCUUCUGAUUUAAGUACAGUUGAUGAUAAAUCCACAUCUCAAAAACAUACAAGUAGUACACCUGCAAUAGGUACAACUGUGCGUAUAACAACACAGAAUAUAAUUACCAGUACUGCAGCUCAACCAACUACAUCUGCACAAAUUUCAACUGCAGAGAUAAUUACCAGUAGUACACCAAAACAAAGUACAGUUGGACACAUAUCAACAGAUGAGAUAAGGACCACUACUAUCCCUGAGCAAAGUACUGCUGUAGAUUUAUCAACCAUGAAGAUAACUAAAAGCACUGCAUCUGUAGAAAGCACAACUGAAGACAAAGUAUCAGCUGAGAUAAGAACCAGCACUACACAUUAUCAAAGUACAGUUGUAGACAAAUCAACAUCUGAAAAAAUAACCACCACUGCAUCUCAUCAAAGUACAGUAGGAAACAUAACAACAGUUGCUGCAUUUACCAGUCAUGCUUCUGUUCAAAGUACAGUUGUUGAUAAUUCAACAGCUGAGCAAAUAAACACUAUAACACCAGAAGAAGUUACAACUGAAGAAAUAUCAACAAAAAUUGUUACUAGUAUGGCAGCUCAACAAAGUACAUCUGAUAAAAUAUCAGCAGCGGAGAAAACUCCAAGCAGUUCUUCUGAUUUUAGUACAGUUGAUGAUAAAUCCACAUCUCAAAAACAUACAAGUAGUACACCUGCAAUAGGUACAACUGUGCAUAUAUCAACACAGGAUAUAAUUACCAGUACUGCAGCUCAACCAACUACAUCUGCACAAAUUUCAACUGCAGAGAUAAUUACCAGUAGUACACCAAAACAAAGUACAGUUGGACACAUAUCAACAGAUGAGAUAAGGACCACUACUAUCCCUGAGCAAAGUACUGCUGUAAAUUUAUCAACCAUAAGGAUAACUAAAAGCACUGCAUCUGUAGAAAGCACAACUGAAGGCAAAGUAUCAGCUGAGAUAAGAACAAGCACUACACAUUAUCAAAGUACAGUUGUAGACAAAUCAACAUCUGAGAAAAUAACCACCACUGCAUCUCAGCAAAGUACAGUAGGAAACAUAACAACAGUUGCUGCAUUUACCAGUCCUGCUUCUGUUCUAAGUACAGUUGUUGAUAAUUCAACAGCUGAGCAAAUAACCACUUCAACACCAGAAGAAGUUACAACUGAAGAAAUAUCAACAGAAAUUAUUACUAGUAUGGCAGCUCAACAAAGUACGCCUGGAAAAAUAUCAACAGCAGAGAAAACUACAAGCAGUUCUUCUGAUUUUAGUACAGUUGAUGAUAAAUCCACAUCUCAAAAACAUACCAGUAGUACACCUGCAAUAGGUACAACUGUGCGUAUAUCAACACAGGAUAUAAUUACCAGUACUGCAUCUCAACCAACUACAUCUUCACAAAUUUCAACAUCUGAGAUAAUUACCAGUAGUACACCAAAACAAAGUACAGUUGGACACAUAUCAACAGCUGAGAUAAGGACCACCACUAUCCCUGAGCAAAGUACUGCUGUAGAUUUAUCAACCAUGAAGAUAACUAAAAGCACUGCAUCUGUAGAAAGCACAACUGAAGACAAAGUAUCAGCUGAGAUAAGAACCAGCACUACACAUGAUCAAAGUACAGUUGUAGACAAAUCAACAUCUGAAAAAAUAACCACCACUGCAUCUCAUCAAAGUACAGUAGGAAACAUAACAACAGUUGCUGCAUUUACCAGUCCUGUUUCUGUUCUAAGUACAGAUGUUGAUAAUUCAACAGCUGAGCAAAUAAACACUAUAACACCAGAAGAAGUUACAACUGAAGAAAUAUCAACAGAAAUUGUUACUAGUAUGGCAGCUCAACAAAGUACAUCUGAUACAAUAUCAACAGCGGAGAAAACUCAAAGCAGUUCUUCUGAUUUAAGUACAGUUGAUGAUAAAUCCACAUCUCAAAAACAUACAAGUAGUACACCUGCAAUAGGUACAACUGUGCGUAUAACAACACAGAAUAUAAUUACCAGUACUGCAGCUCAACCAACUACAUCUGCACAAAUUUCAACUGCAGAGAUAAUUACCAGUAGUACACCAAAACAAAGUACAGUUGGACACAUAUCAACAGAUGCGAUAAGGACCACUACUAUCCCUGAGCAAAGUACUGCUGUAGAUUUAUCAACCAUGAAGAUAACUAAAAGCACUGCAUCUGUAGAAAGCACAACUGAAUACAAAGUAUCAGCUGAGAUAAGAACAAGCACUACACAUUAUCAAAGUACGGUUGUAGACAAAUCAACAUCUGAGAAAAUAACCACCACGGCAUUACAGCAAAGUACAGUAGGAAACAUAACAACAGUUGCUGCAUUUACCAGUCCUGCUUCUGUUCUAAGUACAGUUGUUGAUAAAUCCACAUCUCAAAAACAUACAAGUAGUAUACCUGCAAAAGGUACAACUGUGCGUAUAUCAACACAGGAUAUAAUUACCAGUACUCCAGCUCAACCAACUACAUCUGCACAAAUUUCAACUGCAGAGAUAAUUACCAGUAGUACACCUAAACAUAGUACAGUUGGACACAUAUCAACAGCUGAGAUAAGGACCACCACUAUCCCUGAGCAAAGUACUGCUGUAGAUUUAUCAACCAUGAAGAUAACUAAAAGCACUGCAUCUGUAGAAAGCACAACUGACGACAAAGUAUCAGCUGAGAUAAGAACCAGCACUACACAUUAUCAAAGUACAGUUGUAGACAAAUCAACAUCUGAAAAAAUAACCACCACUGCAUCUCAUCAAAGUACAGUAGGAAACAUAACAACAGUUGCUGCAUUUACCAGUCCUGCUUCUGUUCUAAGUACAGUUGUUGAUAAUUCAACAGCUGAGCAAAUAAACACUAUAACACCAGAAGAAGUUACAACUGAAGAAUUAUCAACAGAAAUUAUUACUAGUAUGGCAGCUCAACAAAGUACACCUGGAAAAAUAUCAACAGCGGAGAAAACUACAAGCAGUUCUUCUGAUUUAAGUACAGUUGAUGAUAAAUCCACAUCUCAAAAACAUACAAGUAGUACACCUGCAAUAGGUACAACUGUGCGUAUAUCAACACAGGAUAUAAUUACCAGUACUGCAGCUCAACCAACUACAUCUGCACAAAUUUCAACUGCAGAGAUAAUUACCAGUAGUACACCAAAACAAAGUACAGUUGGACACAUAUCAACAGAUGAGAUAAGGACCACCACUAUCCCUGAGCAAAGCACUGCUGUAGAUGUAUCAACCAAGGAGAUAACUAAAAACACUGAAUCUGUAGAAAGCACAACUGAAGACAAAGUAUCAGUUGAGAUAAGAACAAGCACUACACAUGAUCAAAGUACAGCUGUAGACAAAUCAACAUCUGAGAAAAUAACCACCACUGCAUCUCAUCAAAGUACAGUAGGAAACAUAACAACAGUUGCUGCAUUUACCAGUCCUGCUUCUGUUCUAAGUACAGUUGUUGAUAAUUCAACAGCUGAGCAAAUAAACACUAUAACACCAGAAGAAGUUACAACUGAAGAAAUAUCAACAGAAAUUGUUACUAGUAUGGCAGCUCAACAAAGUACAUCUGAUAAAAUAUCAACAGCGGAGAAAACUCCAAGCAGUUCUUCUGAUUUAAGUACAGUUGAUGAUAAAUCCACAUCUCAAAAACAUACAAGUAGUACACCUGCAAUAGGUACAACUGUGCGUAUAACAACACAGAAUAUAAUUACCAGUACUGCAGCUCAACCAACUACAUCUGCACAAAUUUCAACUGCAGAGAUAAUUACCAGUAGUACACCAAAACAAAGUACAGUUGGACACAUAUCAACAGAUGAGAUAAGGACCACUACUAUCCCUGAGCAAAGUACUGCUGUAGAUUUAUCAACCAUGAAGAUAACUAAAAGCACUGCAUCUAUAGAAAGCACAACUGAAGACAAAGUAUCAGCUGAGAUAAGAACCAGCACUACACAUUAUCAAAGUACAGUUGUAGACAAAUCAACAUCUGAAAAAAUAACCACCACGGCAUUACAGCAAAGUACAGUAGGAAACAUAACAACAGUUGCUGCAUUUACCAGUCAUGCUUCUGUUCAAAGUACAGUUGUUGAUAAUUCAACAGCUGAGCAAAUAAACACUAUAACACCAGAAGAAGUUACAACUGAAGAAAUAUCAACAAAAAUUGUUACUAGUAUGGCAGCUCAACAAAGUACAUCUGAUAAAAUAUCAGCAGCGGAGAAAACUCCAAGCAGUUCUUCUGAUUUUAGUACAGUUGAUGAUAAAUCCACAUCUCAAAAACAUACAAGUAGUACACCUGCAAUAGGUACAACUGUGCAUAUAUCAACACAGGAUAUAAUUACCAGUACUGCAGCUCAACCAACUACAUCUGCACAAAUUUCAACUGCAGAGAUAAUUACCAGUAGUACACCAAAACAAAGUACAGUUGGACACAUAUCAACAGAUGAGAUAAGGACCACUACUAUCCCUGAGCAAAGUACUGCUGUAAAUUUAUCAACCAUAAGGAUAACUAAAAGCACUGCAUCUGUAGAAAGCACACCUGAAGGCAAAGUAUCAGCUGAGAUAAGAACAAGCACUACACAUUAUCAAAGUACAGUUGUAGACAAAUCAACAUCUGAGAAAAUAACCACCACUGCAUCUCAGCAAAGUACAGUAGGAAACAUAACAACAGUUGCUGCAUUUACCAGUCCUGCUUCUGUUCUAAGUACAGUUGUUGAUAAUUCAACAGCUGAGCAAAUAACCACUUCAACACCAGAAGAAGUUACAACUGAAGAAAUAUCAACAGAAAUUAUUACUAGUAUGGCAGCUCAACAAAGUACGCCUGGAAAAAUAUCAACAGCAGAGAAAACUACAAGCAGUUCUUCUGAUUUUAGUACAGUUGAUGAUAAAUCCACAUCUCAAAAACAUACCAGUAGUACACCUGCAAUAGGUACAACUGUGCGUAUAUCAACACAGGAUAUAAUUACCAGUACUGCAUCUCAACCAACUACAUCUUCACAAAUUUCAACAUCUGAGAUAAUUACCAGUAGUACACCAAAACAAAGUACAGUUGGACACAUAUCAACAGCUGAGAUAAGGACCACCACUAUCCCUGAGCAAAGUACUGCUGUAGAUUUAUCAACCAUGAAGAUAACUAAAAGCACUGCAUCUGUAGAAAGCACAACUGAAGACAAAGUAUCAGCUGAGCUAAGAACCAGCACUACACAUGAUCAAAGUACAGUUGUAGACAAAUCAACAUCUGAAAAAAUAACCACCACUGCAUCUCAUCAAAGUACAGUAGGAAACAUAACAACAGUUGCUGCAUUUACCAGUCCUGUUUCUGUUCUAAGUACAGAUGUUGAUAAUUCAACAGCUGAGCAAAUAAACACUAUAACACCAGAAGAAGUUACAACUGAAGAAAUAUCAACAGAAAUUGUUACUAGUAUGGCAGCUCAACAAAGUACAUCUGAUACAAUAUCAACAGCGGAGAAAACUCAAAGCAGUUCUUCUGAUUUAAGUACAGUUGAUGAUAAAUCCACAUCUCAAAAACAUACAAGUAGUACACCUGCAAUAGGUACAACUGUGCGUAUAACAACACAGAAUAUAAUUACCAGUACUGCAGCUCAACCAACUACAUCUGCACAAAUUUCAACUGCAGAGAUAAUUACCAGUAGUACACCAAAACAAAGUACAGUUGGACACAUAUCAACAGAUGCGAUAAGGACCACUACUAUCCCUGAGCAAAGUACUGCUGUAGAUUUAUCAACCAUGAAGAUAACUAAAAGCACUGCAUCUGUAGAAAGCACAACUGAAUACAAAGUAUCAGCUGAGAUAAGAACAAGCACUACACAUUAUCAAAGUACGGUUGUAGACAAAUCAACAUCUGAGAAAAUAACCACCACGGCAUUACAGCAAAGUACAGUAGGAAACAUAACAACAGUUGCUGCAUUUACCAGUCCUGCUUCUGUUCUAAGUACAGUUGUUGAUAAAUCCACAUCUCAAAAACAUACAAGUAGUAUACCUGCAAAAGGUACAACUGUGCGUAUAUCAACACAGGAUAUAAUUACCAGUACUCCAGCUCAACCAACUACAUCUGCACAAAUUUCAACUGCAGAGAUAAUUACCAGUAGUACACCUAAACAUAGUACAGUUGGACACAUAUCAACAGCUGAGAUAAGGACCACCACUAUCCCUGAGCAAAGUACUGCUGUAGAUUUAUCAACCAUGAAGAUAACUAAAAGCACUGCAUCUGUAGAAAGCACAACUGACGACAAAGUAUCAGCUGAGAUAAGAACCAGCACUACACAUUAUCAAAGUACAGUUGUAGACAAAUCAACAUCUGAAAAAAUAACCACCACUGCAUCUCAUCAAAGUACAGUAGGAAACAUAACAACAGUUGCUGCAUUUACCAGUCCUGCUUCUGUUCUAAGUACAGUUGUUGAUAAUUCAACAGCUGAGCAAAUAAACACUAUAACACCAGAAGAAGUUACAACUGAAGAAAUAUCAACAGAAAUUAUUACUAGUAUGGCAGCUCAACAAAGUACACCUGGAAAAAUAUCAACAGCGGAGAAAACUACAAGCAGUUCUUCUGAUUUAAGUACAGUUGAUGAUAAAUCCACAUCUCAAAAACAUACAAGUAGUACACCUGCAAUAGGUACAACUGUGCGUAUAUCAACACAGGAUAUAAUUACCAGUACUGCAGCUCAACCAAGUACAUCUGCACAAAUUUCAACUGCAGAGAUAAUUACCAGUAGUACACCAAAACAAAGUACAGUUGGACACAUAUCAACAGCUGAGAUAAGGACCACCACUAUCCCUGAGCAAAGCACUGCUGUAGAUGUAUCAACCAAGGAGAUAACUAAAAACACUGAAUCUGUAGAAAGCACAACUGAAGACAAAGUAUCAGUUGAGAUAAGAACAAGCACUACACAUGAUCAAAGUACAGCUGUAGACAAAUCAACAUCUGAGAAAAUAACCACCACUGCAUCUCAUCAAAGUACAGUAGGAAACAUAACAACAGUUGCUGCAUUUACCAGUCCUGCUUCUGUUCUAAGUACAGUUGUUGAUAAUUCAACAGCUGAGCAAAUAACCACUAUAACACCUGAAGAAAUUACAACCGUAGAAAUAUCAACACGUUUAGUUACCAGUACUGCAGCUCAACAAAGUACAUCUGGAAAGAUAUCAACAGCGGAGAAAACUACAAGCAGUGCUUCUGAUGUAAGUACAGUGGAUGAUAAAUCCACAUCUCAAAAACAUAUUAGUACACCUGCAAUACGUACAACUGUGGGUAUAUUAACAGAUGAAAUAAUUGCGAGUACCACUGCUCAAACAACUACAUCUGCACAAAUGUCAACUCCUGAGAUAAUUACCAGUAGUACACCUAAACAUAGUACAGUUGGACACAUAUCAACUGCUGAGAUAAUUACCACUACUAUUCCUGAGCAAAGCACUACUGUAGAUGUUUCCACCGUGGAGAUAACUAAAAGCACUGAAUCUGUAAAAAGCACAAUUGAAGACAAAGUAUCAGCUGAGAUAAGAACCAGCACUACACAUGAUCAAAGUACAGCUGUAGACAAAUCAACAUCUCAGAAAAUAACCAGCACUGCAUCCGAUCAAAUGACAAUAGGAAAUAUAUCAACAGUCGCUGCAAUUACCAGUUCUACUUCUGUUCUCAGUACAGUUGGCGAUAAAACAACAGCUGAGAAAAUAACCACUAUUACACCAGAAACAGUUACAACUGAAAAGAUAUCAACAGAAAUUGUUACCAGUAUGACAGCUCAACAAAGUACAUCUGGUAAAAUAUCAACAGCAGAGAAAACUACAAGCAGUGCUUCUGAUGUAAGUACAGUUGAUGAUAAAGCCACAACUCAAAAACAUUUGAGUAGUACACCUGCAACAGGUACAACUGUGCGUAUAUCAACACAGGAAAUAAUUACCAGUACUGCAGCUCAACCAACUACAUCUGCACAAAUUUCAACUGCUGAGAUAAGGACCACUACUAUCCCUGAGCAAAGUACUGUUGUAGAUUUAUCAACCAUGAAGAUAACUAAAAGCACUGCAUCUGUAGAAAGCACAACUGAAGACAAAGUAUCAGCUGAGAUAAGAACCAGCACUACACAUGAUCAAAGUACAGCUGUAGACAAAUCAACAUCUGAGAAAAUAACCACCACUGCAUCUCAUCAAAGUACAGUAGGAAACAUAACAACAGUUGCUGCAUUUACCAGUCCUGCUUCUGUUCUAAGUACAGUUGUUGAUAAUUCAACAGCUGAGCAAAUAAACACUAUAACACCAGAAGAAGUUACAACUGAAGAAAUAUCAACAGCAAUUGUUACUAGUAUGGCAGCUCAAAAAAGUACAUCUGGAAAAAUAUCAACAGCAGAGAAAACUACAAGCAGUGCUUCUGAUGUCAGUACAGUGGAUGAUAAAUCCACAUCUCAAAAACAUACAAGUAGUACACCUGCAAUAGGUACAACUGUGCGUAUAUCAACACAGGAUAUAAUUACCAGUACUGCAGCUCAACCAACUACAUCUGCACAAAUUUCAACUGCAGAGAUAAUUACCAGUAGUACACCAAAACAAAGUACAGUUGGACACAUAUCAACAGAUGAGAUAAGGACCACUACUAUCCCUGAGCAAAGCACUGCUGUAGAUGUAUCAACCAAGGAGAUAACUAAAAACACUGAAUCUGUAGAAAGCACAACUGAAGACAAAGUAUCAGCUGAGAUAAGAACCAGCACUACACAUGAACAAAGUACAGCUGUAGACAAAUCAACAUCUCAGAAAAUAACCAGCACUGCAUCCGAUCAAAUGACAAUAGGAAAUAUAUCAACAGUCGCUGCAAUUACCAGUUCUACUUCUGUUCUCAGUACAGUUGGCGAUAAAACAACAGCUGAGAAAAUGACCACUAUUACACCAGAAACAGUUACAACUGAAAAGAUUUCAACAGAAAUUGUUACCAGUAUGACAGCUCAACAAAGUACAUCUGGUAAAAUAUCAACUGCAGAGAAAACUACAAGCAGUGCUUCGGAUGUAAGUACAGUUGAUGAUAAAGCCACAUCUCAAAAACAUUUGAGUAGUACACCUGCAACAGGUACAACUGUGCGUAUAUCAACACAGGAAAUAAUUACCAGUACUGCAGCUCAACCAACUACAUCUGCACAAAUUUCAACUGCAGAGAUAAUUACCAGUAGUACACCAAAACAAAGUACAGUUGGACACAUAUCAACAGAUGAGAUAAGGACCACUACUAUCCCUGAGCAAAGUACUGCUGUAGAUGUAUCAACCAUGAAGAUAACUAAAAGCACUGCAUCUGUAGAAAGCACAACUGAAGACAAAGUAUCAGCUGAGAUAAGAACAAGCACUACACAUGAUCAAAGUACAGCUGUAGACAAAUCAACAUCUCAGAAAAUAACCAGCACUGCAUCCGAUCAAAUGACAAUAGGAAAUAUAUCAACAGUCGCUGCAAUUACCAGUUCUACUUCUGUUCUCAGUACAGUUGGCGAUAAAACAACAGCUGAGAAAAUAACCACUAUUACACCAGAAACAGUUACAACUGAAAAGAUAUCAACAGAAAUUGUUACCAGUAUGACAGCUCAACAAAGUACAUCUGGUAAAAUAUCAACAGCAGAGAAAACUACAAGCAGUGCUUCUGAUGUAAGUACAGUUGAUGAUAAAGCCACAACUCAAAAACAUUUGAGUAGUACACCUGCAACAGGUACAACUGUGCGUAUAUCAACACAGGAAAUAAUUACCAGUACUGCAGCUCAACCAACUACAUCUGCACAAAUUUCAACUGCUGAGAUAAGGACCACUACUAUCCCUGAGCAAAGUACUGUUGUAGAUUUAUCAACCAUGAAGAUAACUAAAAGCACUGCAUCUGUAGAAAGCACAACUGAAGACAAAGUAUCAGUUGAGAUAAGAACAAGCACUACACAUGAUCAAAGUACAGCUGUAGACAAAUCAACAUCUGAGAAAAUAACCACCACUGCAUCUCAUCAAAGUACAGUAGGAAACAUAACAACAGUUGCUGCAUUUACCAGUCCUGCUUCUGUUCUAAGUACAGUUGUUGAUAAUUCAACAGCUGAGCAAAUAACCACUAUAACACCAGAAGAAAUUACAACCGUAGAAAUAUCAACACGUUUAGUUACCAGUACUGCAGCUCAACAAAGUACAUCUGGAAAGAUAUCAACAGCGGAGAAAACUACAAGCAGUGCUUCUGAUGUAAGUACAGUGGAUGAUAAAUCCACAUCUCAAAAACAUAUUAGUACACCUGCAAUACGUACAACUGUGGGUAUAUUAACAGAUGAAAUAAUUGCGAGUACCACUGCUCAAACAACUACAUCUGCACAAAUGUCAACUCCUGAGAUAAUUACCAGUAGUACACCUAAACAUAGUACAGUUGGACACAUAUCAACUGCUGAGAUAAUUACCACUACUAUUCCUGAGCAAAGCACUACUGUAGAUGUUUCCACCGUGGAGAUAACUAAAAGCACUGAAUCUGUAAAAAGCACAACUGAAGACAAAGUAUCAGCUGAGAUAAGAACCAGCACUACACAUGAUCAAAGUACAGCUGUAGACAAAUCAACAUCUCAGAAAAUAACCAGCACUGCAUCCGAUCAAAUGACAAUAGGAAAUAUAUCAACAGUCGCUGCAAUUACCAGUUCUACUUCUGUUCUCAGUACAGUUGGCGAUAAAACAACAUCUGAGAAAAUGACCACUAUUACACCAGAAACAGUUACAACUGAAAAGAUAUCAACAGAAAUUGUUACCAGUAUGACAGCUCAACAAAGUACAUCUGGUAAAAUAUCAACAGCAGAGAAAACUACAAGCAGUGCUUCUGAUGUAAGUACAGUUGAUGAUAAAGCCACAACUCAAAAACAUUUGAGUAGUACACCUGCAACAGGUACAACUGUGCGUAUAUCAACACAGGAAAUAAUUACCAGUACUGCAGCUCAACCAACUACAUCUGCACACAUUUCAACUGCUGAGAUAAGGACCACUACUAUCCCUGAGCAAAGUACUGCUGUAGAUUUAUCAACCAUGAAGAUAACUAAAAGCACUGCAUCUGUAGAAAGCACAACUGAAGACAAAGUAUCAGUUGAGAUAAGAACAAGCACUACACAUGAUCAAAGUACAGCUGUAGACAAAUCAACAUCUGAGAAAAUAACCACCACUGCAUCUCAUCAAAGUACAGUAGGAAACAUAACAACAGUUGCUGCAUUUACCAGUCCUGCUUCUGUUCUAAGUACAGUUGUUGAUAAUUCAACAGCUGAGCAAAUAACCACUAUAACACCAGAAGAAAUUACAACCGUAGAAAUAUCAACACGUUUAGUUACCAGUACUGCAGCUCAACAAAGUACAUCUGGAAAGAUAUCAACAGCGGAGAAAACUACAAGCAGUGCUUCUGAUGUAAGUACAGUGGAUGAUAAAUCCACAUCUCAAAAACAUAUUAGUACACCUGCAAUACGUACAACUGUGGGUAUAUUAACAGAUGAAAUAAUUGCGAGUACCACUGCUCAAACAACUACAUCUGCACAAAUGUCAACUCCUGAGAUAAUUACCAGUAGUACACCUAAACAUAGUACAGUUGGACACAUAUCAACUGCUGAGAUAAUUACCACUACUAUUCCUGAGCAAAGCACUACUGUAGAUGUUUCCACCGUGGAGAUAACUAAAAGCACUGAAUCUGUAAAAAGCACAACUGAAGACAAAGUAUCAGCUGAGAUAAGAACCAGCACUACACAUGAUCAAAGUACAGCUGUAGACAAAUCAACAUCUCAGAAAAUAACCAGCACUGCAUCCGAUCAAAUGACAAUAGGAAAUAUAUCAACAGUCGCUGCAAUUACCAGUUCUACUUCUGUUCUCAGUACAGUUGGCGAUAAAACAACAGCUGAGAAAAUGACCACUAUUACACCAGAAACAGUUACAACUGAAAAGAUAUCAACAGAAAUUGUUACCAGUAUGACAGCUCAACAAAGUACAUCUGGUAAAAUAUCAACAGCAGAGAAAACUACAAGCAGUGCUUCUGAUGUAAGUACAGUUGAUGAUAAAGCCACAACUCAAAAACAUUUGAGUAGUACACUUGCAAUAGGUACAACUGUGCGUAUAUCAACACAGGAUAUAAUUACCAGUACUGCAGCUCAACCAACUACAUCUGCACAAAUUUCAACUGCUGAGAUAAGGACCACUACUAUCCCUGAGCAAAGUACUGCUGUAGAUUUAUCAACCAUGAAGAUAACUAAAAGCACUGCAUCUGUAGAAAGCACAACUGAAGACAAAGUAUCAGCUGAGAUAAGAACAAGCACUACACAUUAUCAAAGUACAGUUGUAGACAAAUCAACAUCUGAGAAAAUAACCACCACUGCAUCUCAUCAAAGUACAGUAGGAAACAUAACAACAGUUGCUGCAUUUACCAGUCCUGCUUCUGUUCUAAGUACAGUUGUUGAUAAUUCAACAGCUGAGCAAAUAACCACUAUAACACCAGAAGAAAUUACAACCGUAGAAAUAUCAACACGUUUAGUUACCAGUACUGCAGCUCAACAAAGUACAUCUGGAAAGAUAUCAACAGCGGAGAAAACUACAAGCAGUGCUUCUGAUGUAAGUACAGUGGAUGAUAAAUCCACAUCUCAAAAACAUAUUAGUACACCUGCAAUACGUACAACUGUGGGUAUAUUAACAGAUGAAAUAAUUGCGAGUACCACUGCUCAAACAACUACAUCUGCACAAAUGUCAACUCCUGAGAUAAUUACCAGUAGUACACCUAAACAUAGUACAGUUGGACACAUAUCAACUGCUGAGAUAAUUACCACUACUAUUCCUGAGCAAAGCACUACUGUAGAUGUUUCCACCGUGGAGAUAACUAAAAGCACUGAAUCUGUAAAAAGCACAACUGAAGACAAAGUAUCAGCUGAGAUAAGAACCAGCACUACACAUGAUCAAAGUACAGCUGUAGACAAAUCAACAUCUCAGAAAAUAACCAGCACUGCAUCCGAUCAAAUGACAAUAGGAAAUAUAUCAACAGUCGCUGCAAUUACCAGUUCUACUUCUGUUCUCAGUACAGUUGGCGAUAAAACAACAUCUGAGAAAAUGACCACUAUUACACCAGAAACAGUUACAACUGAAAAGAUAUCAACAGAAAUUGUUACCAGUAUGACAGCUCAACAAAGUACAUCUGGUAAAAUAUCAACAGCAGAGAAAACUACAAGCAGUGCUUCUGAUGUAAGUACAGUUGAUGAUAAAGCCACAACUCAAAAACAUUUGAGUAGUACACCUGCAACAGGUACAACUGUGCGUAUAUCAACACAGGAAAUAAUUACCAGUACUGCAGCUCAACCAACUACAUCUGCACACAUUUCAACUGCUGAGAUAAGGACCACUACUAUCCCUGAGCAAAGUACUGCUGUAGAUUUAUCAACCAUGAAGAUAACUAAAAGCACUGCAUCUGUAGAAAGCACAACUGAAGACAAAGUAUCAGUUGAGAUAAGAACAAGCACUACACAUGAUCAAAGUACAGCUGUAGACAAAUCAACAUCUGAGAAAAUAACCACCACUGCAUCUCAUCAAAGUACAGUAGGAAACAUAACAACAGUUGCUGCAUUUACCAGUCCUGCUUCUGUUCUAAGUACAGUUGUUGAUAAUUCAACAGCUGAGCAAAUAACCACUAUAACACCAGAAGAAAUUACAACCGUAGAAAUAUCAACACGUUUAGUUACCAGUACUGCAGCUCAACAAAGUACAUCUGGAAAGAUAUCAACAGCGGAGAAAACUACAAGCAGUGCUUCUGAUGUAAGUACAGUGGAUGAUAAAUCCACAUCUCAAAAACAUAUUAGUACACCUGCAAUACGUACAACUGUGGGUAUAUUAACAGAUGAAAUAAUUGCGAGUACCACUGCUCAAACAACUACAUCUGCACAAAUGUCAACUCCUGAGAUAAUUACCAGUAGUACACCUAAACAUAGUACAGUUGGACACAUAUCAACUGCUGAGAUAAUUACCACUACUAUUCCUGAGCAAAGCACUACUGUAGAUGUUUCCACCGUGGAGAUAACUAAAAGCACUGAAUCUGUAAAAAGCACAAUUGAAGACAAAGUAUCAGCUGAGAUAAGAACCAGCACUACACAUGAUCAAAGUACAGCUGUAGACAAAUCAACAUCUCAGAAAAUAACCAGCACUGCAUCCGAUCAAAUGACAAUAGGAAAUAUAUCAACAGUCGCUGCAAUUACCAGUUCUACUUCUGUUCUAAGUACAGUUGGCGAUAAAACAACAGCUGAGAAAAUGACCACUAUUACACCAGAAACAGUUACAACUGAAAAGAUAUCAACAGAAAUUGUUACCAGUAUGACAGCUCAACAAAGUACAUCUGGUAAAAUAUCAACAGCAGAGAAAACUACAAGCAGUGCUUCUGAUGUAAGUACAGUUGAUGAUAAAGCCACAACUCAAAAACAUUUGAGUAGUACACCUGCAAUAGGUACAACUGUGCGUAUAUCAACACAGGAAAUAAUUACCAGUACUGCAGCUCAACCAACUACAUCUGCACAAAUUUCAACUGCUGAGAUAAGGACCACUACUAUCCCUGAGCAAAGUACUGUUGUAGAUUUAUCAACCAUGAAGAUAACUAAAAGCACUGCAUCUGUAGAAAGCACAACUGAAGACAAAGUAUCAGCUGAGAUAAGAACCAGCACUACACAUGAUCAAAGUACAGUUGUAGACAAAUCAACAUCUGAGAAAAUAACCACCACUGCAUCUCAUCAAAGUACAGUAGGAAACAUAACAACAGUUGCUGCAUUUACCAGUCCUGCUUCUGUUCUAAGUACAGUUGUUGAUAAUUCAACAGCUGAGCAAAUAACCACUAUAACACCAGAAGAAAUUACAACCGUAGAAAUAUCAACACGUUUAGUUACCAGUACUGCAGCUCAACAAAGUACAUCUGGAAAGAUGUUAACAGCGGAGAAAACUACAAGCAGUGCUUCUGAUGUAAGUACAGUGGAUGAUAAAUCCACAUCUCAAAAACAUAUUAGUACACCUGCAAUACGUACAACUGUGGGUAUAUUAACAGAUGAAAUAAUUGCGAGUACCACUGCUCAAACAACUACAUCUGCACAAAUGUCAACUCCUGAGAUAAUUACCAGUAGUACACCUAAACAUAGUACAGUUGGACACAUAUCAACUGCUGAGAUAAUUACCACUACUAUUCCUGAGCAAAGCACUACUGUAGAUGUUUCCACCGUGGAGAUAACUAAAAGCACUGAAUCUGUAAAAAGCACAACUGAAGACAAAGUAUCAGCUGAGAUAAGAACCAGCACUACACAUGAUCAAAGUACAGCUGUAGACAAAUCAACAUCUCAGAAAAUAACCAGCACUGCAUCCGAUCAAAUGACAAUAGGAAAUAUAUCAACAGUCGCUGCAAUUACCAGUUCUACUUCUGUUCUAAGUACAGUUGGCGAUAAAACAACAGCUGAGAAAAUGACCACUAUUACACCAGAAACAGUUACAACUGAAAAGAUAUCAACAGAAAUUGUUACCAGUAUGACAGCUCAACAAAGUACAUCUGGUAAAAUAUCAACAGCAGAGAAAACUACAAGCAGUGCUUCUGAUGUAAGUACAGUUGAUGAUAAAGCCACAACUCAAAAACAUUUGAGUAGUACACCUGCAAUAGGUACAACUGUGCGUAUAUCAACACAGGAUAUAAUUACCAGUACUGCAGCUCAACCAACUACAUCUGCACAAAUUUCAACUGCUGAGAUAAGGACCACUACUAUCCCUGAGCAAAGUACUGUUGUAGAUUUAUCAACCAUGAAGAUAACUAAAAGCACUGCAUCUGUAGAAAGCACAACUGAAGACAAAGUAUCAGCUGAGAUAAGAACCAGCACUACACAUGAUCAAAGUACAGUUGUAGACAAAUCAACAUCUGGGAAAAUAACCACCACUGCAUCUCAUCAAAGUACAGUAGGAAACAUAACAACAGUUGCUGCAUUUACCAGUCCUGCUUCUGUUCUAAGUACAGUUGUUGAUAAUUCAACAGCUGAGCAAAUAACCACUAUAACACCAGAAGAAAUUACAACCGUAGAAAUAUCAACACGUUUAGUUACCAGUACUGCAGCUCAACAAAGUACAUCUGGAAAGAUAUCAACAGCGGAGAAAACUACAAGCAGUGCUUCUGAUGUAAGUACAGUGGAUGAUAAAUCCACAUCUCAAAAACAUAUUAGUACACCUGCAAUACGUACAACUGUGGGUAUAUUAACAGAUGAAAUAAUUGCGAGUACCACUGCUCAAACAACUACAUCUGCACAAAUGUCAACUCCUGAGAUAAUUACCAGUAGUACACCUAAACAUAGUACAGUUGGACACAUAUCAACUGCUGAGAUAAUUACCACUACUAUUCCUGAGCAAAGCACUACUGUAGAUGUUUCCACCGUGGAGAUAACUAAAAGCACUGCAUCUGUAAAAAGCACAAUUGAAGACAAAGUAUCAGCUGAGAUAAGAACCAGCACUACACAUGAUCAAAGUACAGCUGUAGACAAAUCAACAUCUCAGAAAAUAACCAGCACUGCAUCCGAUCAAAUGACAAUAGGAAAUAUAUCAACAGUCGCUGCAAUUACCAGUUCUACUUCUGUUCUCAGUACAGUUGGCGUUAAAUCAACAGCUGAGAAACUGACCACUAUUACACCAGAAACAGUUACAACUGAAAAAAUAUCAACAGCAAUUGUUACCAGUAUGACAGCUCAACAAAGUACAUCUGGUAAAAUAUCAACAGCAGAGAAAACUACAAGCAGUGCUUCUGAUGUAAGUACAGUUGAUGAUAAAUCCACAUCUCAAAAACAUACAAGUAGUACACCUGCAACAGGUACAACUGUGGGUAUAUCAACACAGGAUAUAAUUACCAGAACUGUUGCUCAAACAACUACAUCUGCACAAAUGUCAACUGCUGAGAUAAUUACCAGUAGUACACCAAAACAUAGUACAGUUGGACACAUAUCAACUGCUGAGAUAAGGACCACCACUAUCCCUGAGCAAAGUACUGCUGUAGGUGUAUUAACCACGGAGAUAACUAAAAGCACUGCAUCUGUAAAAAGCACAACUGAAGAAAAAGUAACAGCUGAGAUAAGAACAAGCACUACACGUGAACAAAGUACAGCUGUAGACAAAUCAACAUCUCAGAAAAUAACCAGCACUGCAUCCGAUAAAAAAAGUACUGUAGGAAACAUAUCAACAGUUGCUACAUUUACCAGUCCUGCUUCUGUUCUCAGUACAGUUGGCGAUAAAUCAACGGCUGAGAAAAUGACUAAUACUACACCUAAGCAAAGUACUGCUAUAGGCAUUUCUACCACAGAGAUAACUAAAAGUACUGUGAUCAAUCCAGCAAUUAGCAUUACUACACAAACCACAGAUGCUACAGUAGCACAGACUCCCAAUACUAUGAAUCCAGUAAUAUCUAUAUCAACAUCUUUGCCUACUGUAAAUACUGCAAGCACUGCGUAUAUUCCUUUGACAACAUCUUUUGAACGAAUGACUGCAACAGCCACAAAAAACACAAGCAUUACAUCUCCUUUCGAACGUUUGACAUCAUCAUCCAUUUGGGCUAACUCUACCUCCACUGCCAUAACUACUGCAUUAAUUGUUACUUGCAAUCUACAAUGUAUCAAUGGCCAAUGUUACAUCAAGCCUGGAACUAUGAAUCCUGUGUGCCGGUGCAACAGCGGCUUUGUUCCUGAUCGUGAACAGAGGAUGUGUAUUGAUGUCAAUGAAUGUGAGCUGAAUAUCUGUCAGCAGCAGUGUUCCAACACAAUUGGUGGAUAUUCGUGCUCCUGUUGGGAUGGUUAUUAUGAAAAUCCAGACAACAGUGCACAGUGCAUCCAAAAUGAUUAUUGUAAAAACUCUCCAUGUGUCAAUGGACAAUGUCUGAAUGGUGUAUAUGAUUAUAUCUGUCUCUGUAACAACGGAUGGGAAGGACCUUCAUGUAAUACAGACAUUGAUGAAUGUGUCAAGAAUAAUCCCUGCAGUUCUCGGAGUAUCUGUGUGAAUCACCCCGGCACCUAUGAAUGUGUCUGCAGUCCAGGAUGGACGGGACCAGUAUGUACAAUAGAUGUUGACGAGUGUUUGACCAGUCCUUGUAAAUAUGGAGCAUGCUUUAACACCAUAGGAAGUUAUGUAUGUCUUUGUGAUCCGGGUUUCACUGGUGUAAACUGUGAUGAUGAUAUUGAUGAAUGUCUGAGCAGCCCCUGCAGGAAUGGCGCCACUUGCAAUAAUUUGGUCAAUGCCUUUUCCUGCUCCUGUGUUCCUGGAUUCACCGGCAGAUUCUGUGAAAUAAAUAUUAAUGAUUGCACUAGAACUUCAUGUCACAAUGGUGGAUUCUGCAUUGAUCUAAUAAAUGAUUUCUUCUGCUCAUGUCCUUCUAACUGGGAAGGAAAGCGCUGUAACACAGAUGUGGAUGAAUGUUUGAAUGGACGUAACGGAUGCAGCCUUAAUGCACAAUGCAUAAACCAUCCAGGAUCAUAUGAGUGCAAGUGCAAUUCUGGCUACCAAGGGAAUGGAUAUAUAUGCAAUGAGGACAGACUAUUUGAAUAUAAAAGUGGGCGCAGAGCAACACAGCGCUACAAGGAUUUUGUCUCUCCGCUGAUUAAUGUCCCAUCGGGCUUUCCUUUUGGUGCUUCAUUUUACAACACAUUGUAUUUCACAGACAAUGGAGUUAUUAUUUUCCAACGUAAUUAUUAUGAUCCUAUUUAUACAAUGAGUUACCCUCAUAGCUCUUUCUACAACAACGACUACUCUACUCCGCCCAUGAUUGCUGUGUUCUGGGCAGAUGCUGAUUUCUCCCGUAUGGGGGAGCUAUACUACCAGGUAUAUGACUUCCAGGCAUCACAAUAUCAAAAUAUGAUCUUCAAAAGCAAACUUGAAUCUGAGAUUAAGGAGUAUUUCCCUUACCUGAAUUUUAAAGCCACCUGGGCAAUAAAGAUAAGUUGGGUGGAUGUUCUUCCAUAUCCUGCAUAUCAGUUCAACUCCGCAGAGACAAGCACCUACCAAGCUGUACUAGUCACAGAUGGCAUCUUCUCUUUCUGUCUGAUGCGAUAUGCUGAUGGCGGAAUGAACUGGCGAUAUUAUUCACUGCCUACAUACUACAUGCCAAAACUGGGCUACUUCAGCGGAGAACCUUCAUACUAUAAUCCUGCUCCUAAUUUCCCAGCAUUUAAUGACCCACAAACUGACCAUUAUGCUAGUAUCCAGAAGAGAUACACUCCGGAUCGGUAUCAAGGAUACAAUACGGAAAAAAGGGGCUAUUGGGCCUAUCGUCUGGAAUAUAAUGCAGCCUACAGGGUAAACCCUCGGCAACAAUGUCGUAACUGGUAUUACAAUGAGAUGUAUUCAAACAUAUACCCAUCCUGGAUUUAUUAUGCACGCCCAUGUCCGUGCUCAUACCAGCAAGCUAUAUUUGAUACUUCUGCUUAUACACGGGCAAGUCGUCUACAAGGGUAUGGAUUUCAGCAGAAAAACACAGAUUUGUACAGCUUGUCCUACACCUUCCAGAGCGCAUUUUCUGUCUGGUAUGGAGGGGGCACAAGAUGUUACUACAAUUACUGGGGAAGUCUGGCCUAUGGAGAGAAAGAAAGAUAUUUACCAACCCCCUGGGAGUAUGAAAACAGUUGGCUCAGGGCGCAGAACCCAUACUAUUAUUAUAAUUACUAUUAUGGCAAUGUUUAUCUACCACAACUGACUCAAGAAAGGAAACAAUACAAAGAAAAUGAAGUUGAUCCUUACAACAACUGCUGCAGGUACUCUGGCUCUUCCCAACUCUGUUCUAUGUACCGAGAGAGAAGACCUUAUGACUACUGCUUUGGAUACAUUCCUCCAGAUUUUGGAUUCACAUUUGGAGACCCCCACAUCAACACUAUGGAUGGUGUCCAAUAUACAUUCAAUGGCUUGGGAGAGUUUAUCUUGACCAAUGUUAGAGAUGAGAAUGACACAGAGAUCUUUAGCCUCCAGGGACGCACAGCCAGGGCCGGCAAUGGCACACAGGCCACCAACUUUGUAGGAUUGGCUGCAUUAAUUCAAAAUGAGACCACGGUUGAGUGGAUACUGCAGGACAGCAACACAAUAAUUGUGAAGAUAAAUGGAUCUGAAUUUACUUUACCAGACAAUUCUACAUAUAUCAGCAAAGUGACUCUGGAGAGGACAAGUAAAGAGGAAAUACAAGCCUCAUUUGAGGGUGGGAUCUCAGUCACAGUGUCUGCUAAGGUGGGAGCCUUGAGCUUUGAUACAAUGUUAGAGCCUACUUACAAGAACAAAACUAAAGGUCUUCUGGGUGUGUUCAAUGAUGACCCAACAGAUGAUCUAAUAGCUGCUAAUGGAACUAAACUGGAAUAUAAUGGUGUAAAACUUCCCAACGAAUCAGUGAUCUUUGAAAUUGGAAUGACGUGGAAGAUUACGCCUUUGAACAGCAUUUUCAUCUACAAUGGAACAGAUGGGGAAUCCUGGGACACCUACAACAAUAAUACCUUUGUGCCACUGUUUUAUGAUGAGCUACUAGUGAACAGUGACCCUGACACUAUCAAGAGGGCAAAUGAGACGUGUAAUGGAAAUGAUGAGUGUAUCUUUGACAUCCUGAGUACUGGAGAUUUUGCAGUGGGAGAAGCUACAUUGGGUAGUGUCAUCGCAGCUGUUGAACAGAAGACCACAAUGAAAAACUUUCCUCCCAAUGUAACUGGACCUCGCACCAUCAGCACUCAGCUCUUCCAGCCGGUGACAGUGUAUUACACAGCCACUGAUGACAAUGGCGAUACUGUUAUAUUCUCUCUGCUGACUGUUUCCCCUGACAUCAAUAUAACAGCGGAUGGAGUAUUGGUGUGGAUUCCCACCAGCUCAGCACCUAUUAAUGUCACUAUAGCUGCUAAUGAUUCCAAGAUCGUCACUGAAGUAAUCCUAACACUGGUGCUCUGUAACUGCAGCAACAGUGGCAGCUGCCUGUAUGACAGUGCAACAAGCCUAGGAAAUGAGACCACAACCUUUCAGGUGGCUGGAUGUAACUGUUCUGCUGCAUGGACAGGAAGGUACUGUCAAGAAGACUUUGAUGGUUGUGCAGAAAACAAAUGUUUUGAUAACAGUACCUGUGAAGACAUCAAGGCUCCAGAUGAAGGUUUCACUUGUGGUCCAUGUCCUGCUGGUCUAACUGGAGAUGGAAUAACUUGCACUGAUAUAAAUGAGUGCUAUCUCAAUACAUCAACGUGUCAGCAAAUCUGCAAUGAUUUCCUGGGGGGAUACAACUGCAGCUGUGAUGAAGGCUAUGUGGUGAAUGCACUGAACAGCUCCAUGUGUGACGACAUUGAUGAAUGCGCAAAUGCCACAUCUCCAUGUACUCAAAAUGCCAACUGUACAAACCUCCCUGGAAAUUACAGCUGUCAGUGUUUACCUGGGUACGAGGGAGAGCCAUACAGAUUUUGUGUUGAUAUCAAUGAGUGUGCCCUUAAUGUGACCAGCUGUCCCACUGAGUCAGUGUGCAUUAAUACUGAGGGGUCCUUCCUAUGUGAGUGUCUACGUGGAUACAGUGGAGCCAACUGCACUGAUAUUAAUGAAUGUCUGGAGAAUACUACCUGCCCUUCGUAUUCCACCUGCUUUAACACACUCGGCUCUUACCACUGUGACUGUGAGGCAGGUUAUGGUGGUGAGAAAUGCACAGACAUUGAUGAGUGCUUCCUUGGAGUGAACAAUUGCAGCUUAUGGGCAGACUGUUACAACACAGAAGGAUCCUAUAUAUGUACAUGCAGGAGUGGAUACUCCGGUGAUGGGAUGCAUUGUGUAGAUAUUGAUGAGUGUUAUAUAGAUCCUUUGAUCUGUCGAUUACAUGCAACCUGUAGCAACACCAAUGGCAGCUAUGACUGCUUUUGCAAUUUUGGAUACACCCUUGAGAAUGGAACCUGUAUAGAUAUUGAUGAAUGCAGCUUUCCACAAUACUGUCAAGGUACAGAUAGAAGCUGCAUAAACACAGAGGGCAGUUUUACAUGUGUGUGUCAUCCAGGUUACCAACACGUCAAUGAGAGUUGCAUAGAUAUCGAUGAGUGUAUUUCUCCAGGACUUAACAACUGCUCUGUAAAUGCUGUCUGCUCCAAUGUGGCUGGCUCAUUCCACUGUGAUUGCAUGACAAACUACACUGGGGAUGGUGUGAACUGUACAGUUAUUGAUGAGUGCCUCUUAAACACAACACACUGUGAACAGAUUUGCACCAGUUUUCUGGGUGGACACAUCUGCAGUUGUGAGAAUGGCUACAAAGUGAAUGAACGGAACAACUCCAAGUGUGACGAUGUUGAUGAAUGUGCCAAUACUACGUUUCCAUGUGCUGUAAAUGCCAAUUGUACUAACUUACCUGGAAACUACUCCUGUGAGUGUCUCCCUGGAUAUGAAGGUGACGGCAAGCACCAGUGUGUUGCAAGACAUACCACAACUUCAGUUUCUACUAUAACUCUACCUAACAAUGGAACAACAAGUACUGUGACAACAAUACGGACUACAACGCCAACUAUCAUUGAGUCUACUGUGACCAGAGUAGUGCCAGUUACAAGCACCAGUGCAGUCACCUCUGUUGAAAAUACAGCAACAAUUCCAAUAGUAUCAGACAACAACACCAACGCCACUGCUCCUGGACCUAUGACAUAUACCAGUAGUGUAACUCCUGAUAAGAAUGCUACGAUUCAUGACACAAGUCCAACGUUACCUGGUAAUCAGACCAUUUUCAUAACUACAGUCCUUGAUACUAACACCAGAAGUGUAACAUCUGCUUUAAAUACAGUCACCCAUAGCACAUCUCCAACAGAAUCUACAAAGCAAACCACAAUCACCACUCCAGUACCUAUGACAGAUGUCAGUACUGUAACUCCUGGGACUAGUGCAACAAUUCAGAGCCCAAGUACAACAGUAGCAGAAAACCAGACCAUAAUUACCACGCCAGUAUCUAUGUCAGAUGUCGGCAGUGUAUCUCCUAAUAUAAAUUCAACAAUUCAGAGCCCAAGUUCAACAGUAGCAGAAAACCAGACCAUAAUGACCACCCCAGUACCUAUGUCAUAUGUUAGCAGUGUAUCUCCUGGUAUAAAUUCAACAAUUCAGAGCCCAAGUUCAACAGUAGCAGAAAGCCAGACCAUAAUUACCACUCCAGUUUCUGCCACAAACACCAGUUCUUUUACUUCUAGUUUAAAUACAAUAAUUUCAAGCACAAGUCAUACAGCAUAUAUAACCCAAACUACCAACACCUCUAUGACUACUGCAAUGCCUGUUAUCAGCACACCUGUCAUUUCAUCAACAGCAUCAACAACUAUAUCAUUAAUUACAUCAUCAUCAGCCACAACAUCAACCACUAAAUUAACAACUGCAUCAACCACUAAAUCAACUACAAUAUCAGCGACUAAAUCAACUGCAACCUCAACGACUACAUCAAGUAUAACAUCACCGACUACAUCAACUACAACCUCAGCGACUACAUCAACUACAACAUCACCAACUACAUCAACUACAACCUCAGCGACUAAAUCAACUGCAACCUCAACGACUACAUCAACUAUAACAUCACCGACUACAUCAACUACAACCUCAGCGACUACAUCAACUACAACAUCACCAACUACAUCAACUACAACCUCAGCGACUACUACAACUACAACAUCACCGACUACAUCAACUACAACCUCAGCCACUAAAUCAACUGCAACCUCAGUGACUACAUCUACUACAACCUCAGCGACUACAUCAACUACAACAUCACCGACUACAUCACCUACAACCUCAGCGACUAAAUCAACUACAUCCUCAACAGCUGAAACUACUACAACUUCAUCAACUUCAGCAAUCACAUUGUCCAGCACAAGUGGAAGUGUUAAUAAAGCUGUUCAACUCUUUGACUAUGGACUAGAUGAUGGAGACACACGCUAUAGCCGAAGAACAACAGACUUUACCUCUCCAUUGUUCCAACCGACAAUGGGAUUUCCUUUUGGUAACCAGAUAAGGAAUUAUGUAUAUUACACAGACAAUGGACAAAUCGUCUUUCCAAUAUCCAGAAAUAACAUCUUCUCUUACACUAACCCUCCACCUAAUGGGUUCAGUAUAGAUUAUACUGUUGCCUCAAUCGCUGUGUUUUGGAGUGAUGCAGACUGCUCCAAGGACGUGGGUACUACAUACUACCAGAUAUACAGCCAAAAACACAAUGCUGUAACUGAAAGAGUUGAGGGCAUGAUCAGGAGGUACAUGAACCCUUCAUACACCGCUCAGUGGACACUGAAAAUCACCUGGGAGAAUGUUCCCGAAUAUCCAGCAAAGGACAAUGAUAACAAGACCAACACAUACCAGGCUGUGCUGACCACUGAUGGGUUUGUCUCUUAUGUUCUGAUGUUGUAUAAAGAAGACAGCAUGAACUGGGAUGAGGCUGUACGCUUCCCCAAACCACUGAUUGGCUACUGCAGUGGGAACAGUGACAAUUUCUUCAGAAAUGAUAAUACAUCUGUGAAUAUAUACCGUCCAAACCACUAUAUAGGAAGCAAUUCAGAUUUACGAGGGCUCUGGAUAUAUUCACUGAAUAGUACAACUCUUGGUAACAGUCGUAUGCAGUGUCUCAACUGGAUUCAUGCUCAGCCUGCGCCCUCAUCAUGGAAUCUCAAUUUAUUGUCUUGUCCCUGUUUAUACAGGCAGGGACUCUCUGAUUUUCGGUUUAGAGUAACAAAAGCAGGUGAGACCGACAGUAUCAGCCUGCUUCGUAGCACAUUUCCUAAUCGGUAUAAUGCCGGUGUAAGGUGUGUGUAUUACCGCAAGAAUCAGUACCUAGAAGGCUACCAGGAACGAAUAUGGAGGUUCUCCUCUUCUGGUACUGACCCAGAGCUAGACGCAUAUGACUUGUGCUGCAAUCAAUUGGAAGAUCCCCAGUUUUGCUCAAUGUACAUGCAGAAGAGACCCCCAAUCAGCUGUAGAGAUUACAGACCUCUGAUUCCAGGAUGGAUGUUUGGCGAUCCCCAUAUUACCACCUUGGAUGGACUUAAUUACACUUUCAAUGGACUUGGAGAUUUUAUCCUUGUUAAUGCCUCUGAUACAGAUAUCUCCUUCAUGGUACAGGGACGUACAGUGCAAACCGGUGAAGCGUUGGCCACUAACUUCCAGGCUUUUGCUGUAAAUUACACCUCACCCAAUGCCAGUGUUAAAGUGGAGUGGUAUCUUGGAGAGAAUGACAGUAUAGCUGUUCUUCUAGAUGGUCAGAAUGUGUCAUUUACUCUGUCAGAUGACAUGGACGUAGAGAUCAACAAUACAAACCCAUCUGUCUUUCUACUAAAUGAUGGCUCCAUUACUGCAACCUUUGAGGGACUUCUAUCUGUGACAGUGUCAUCUUACUCCGAAAUGUUGAGCAUUGUAACCAGUCUUCCCAACAACUUCCUCUACAAAACCAAAGGCCUCCUGGGUAACUGGAACUAUGACCAGAGUGAUGAUUUCUUAAGUCCAAAUGGCACGAUUAUUCCCAGCAACAGCACAGAAGAAGAAAUAUUUUAUUAUGGAUUGCUGUGGGAGGUAACGGGGAAGAGUCUAUUUACCAAUGUACAAGAAAAAGGAAGGCGCGCAUUCAAACCAGUUUUCUUAAGUGAAUUGUCAGAACAAGAUCCAUCGACGUAUGCAGAUCUGCAGAUCAAGUGUGGUUACAGAACGGAAUGCAUCUAUGAUGCUAUGAGCACCAACAAUACUGACCUGGGCUUAGCAACUUUGAAGGUAUCAGACAUCUUUCAGGAAACCAACAGCACUCUGUAUGCUGUACCUCCUUCUAUUCAUGGCAAUGAGACCAUUCAGGCUUUCAUUACGAGCAGUGUUACAGUACAGUACAAUUCCAACCAUACAGGAGUCCUUUUUACUGCUGAUCCUGGUACAAAUUCUGAUAUCACUGUAACUGAUUGCAGGCUGCAAUUGCAGCAAUAACUAUACAGGAGAAUUCUGCCAAACCCCUCCUGAUCUGUGUGCACAAGGGUGUUUCCCCGGGGUAUCAUGUAACAGUACCACAGGCUGUGGGCCCUGUCCUGAUGGCUUCUCUGGGGAUGGAAUACAUUGCACAGGUGAUGGUUCCUGUGAUGAGUGUGAGGCAAAUUACUGUAGCAAUGGUGGCACGUGCACCAGGAUUGGGCCGUCUUGCACUCCUACAUGUCACUGUUUCCUGCCAUUCUCUGGUGAUAGAUGCAGAACAGGCAGCAACAGAUUCCAGGCACAAUUUAGCCCAGAUUUGAAAAAGAGGUCUGUAAAUUUAAGACUAACAUCUUCUGAAAGUAACUUUACUUUCCAAGAAGCAUAUGACAAGAUAAAAAAUAUUCUGAAUAAAGC